UAUAUAUAGGGAAUGGCCAAAGCAUCUCUCAGAGUUCACUUUCCAAGUCAGCUGAAGGCAAGAGGAAACGCUAGAGAAAGCCCCCUUCAGCCUGUCUGUGACGUUUAUGGACUUGGCUUGCUAGAAGGCUCAAGGAGAUGAUGGCAGGAAUGAAAAUCCAGCUGGUGUGCAUGAUACUUCUGGCUUUCAGCUCCUGGAGUCUGUGCUCAGAUUCAGAAGAGGAAAUGAAAGCAUUAGAAGCAGAUUUAUUGACCAAUAUGCAUACAUCAAAGAUCAGUAAAGCAAGUGUUUCUUCUUGGAAAAUGACCCUGCUAAAUGUUUGCAGUUUUGUCAAUAACCUGAACAGCCAAGCCGAGGAAACAGGAGAGUUUCGUGAAGAGGAGCUUAUUACAAGAAGGAAAUUUCCCACUGCCUUGGAUGGCUUUAGCUUGGAAGCAAUGUUGACAAUAUACCAGCUCCAAAAAAUCUGUCACAGCAGGGCCUUUCAACAAUGGGAGUUAAUCCAGGAAGAUGUUCUUGAUGCUGGAAAUGACAAAAAUGAAAAGGAAGAGGUUAUAAAGAGAAAAAUCCCUUAUAUUCUGAAACGGCAGCUAUAUGAGAAUAAACCCAGAAGACCCUACAUACUCAAGAGAGGUUCUUACUACUACUGAGAGGAUAACGAUUUCAUUUACAUGUGAUUGUGAUUUAUCAUCCUUUAAUUAAAUAUCAAAUUAUAUUUGUGUGGUAAUGUGACAGAAAACAAUUAUUAUGUCUCUUCUACAGUUGUGGUUUAUUGGAUGUGAUUUUUCUGCAUUAGUAUUAAUUGGACUAAAUGUUUUAAAAUAAACCUAGAUCUUGA